GCUUCAGUCGGUUUCCUGUAGUGGUCCGCCUCGCGACAAGGACAGUUGUCACCGUUCGAUUGUACUAGCCUCCCCUUUGCCUUACGCGACAAUGCCUUUCGUACCUCAACAGCAGGCCAAAUGCCCGAAAUGCGGCAAGUCGGUGUACGCCGCCGAGGAGAUGCUGGCCGCUGGAAACAAGUUCCAUAAGUCUUGUUUUAAGUGCGGCCUUUGCAACAAGAAGUUAGACUCGACUAACUUAGGCGACCAUGGUGGUGAUAUCUUCUGCAAACAGUGCUACGGCCGUAAGUAUGGUCCUAAAGGUUAUGGCUUCGGCGGCGGUGCUGGCUGUUUGUCUAUGGACAAGGGUGAGCAUCUUGGCAACAAGGAAACUGCUAUGAGCAACAAACCCCUGGACGGAACCUACAACUAGACCACUGAUGAACAACACCAUACGUAUUCUCUCCGAUAUUCCCAUCCACAUUUCCUGUUACUGUUGCCAACGUAAACUGAAACAAACUAUACAUUAGAACGGGCCGAAGCAGACUUCAGAAAAAGAAGAUAACCUCGUGUACGAAGUCUGGCGGUCAGAAGAACAUUAGUGAGGAGCAGAAGAAAAAGAAGAGCUUAUAUCGGUCUACGUCAUGUACACUGUGAAGUCCGAUGUGCUCCAUAAUUGGGUAGCACCGGUUCGCUCCCUGUGGUAAUGCGAACGUAAGGGAAAAUCACUAGUGCACGAACGACUUGCUUUUGUUAAAAUGCAUAGAGAACCGUUAGCCGGCUGCCGUGAAAUCAUGUUUCUGGAAAUAGCGGUUGUCGGAUUGCUUUCAUCAUUUUACUGGUUUGCGGAGUUCGUGCGUGGCGAAGUGUUUGGGCGAAUGAACCAUUACGAAAGUGCUUUAAACAGAAGUAUGAUAUCCUGGCUAUAUUAUUAUUGUUACUGCAUAAAUAUAUUUGUACAUCAUGACGACAACAAUAACAAUAACGUAAUGUUGAUAUCGUGUGUCUUCCACUAGCGCCUGUGAGGUUCCGUUCUCGGAUAUAGCCGAAGUCUGGCCUCGCUGAUCGAGCUCGCACCGGUCGCAUCAUAGCAACUGUUCGGCACUGUGGCAACCGAAGGGGAAUACGUAAGAGUCGUAGAGACGCUCACGUAUUUUACGGUUGUGUAACUUUCGUGAAGAAGCGGCGCAGCAUUGCUCGAGUUGUGUUGCCGGUCUGAGGUUGUUCCCGAGUAGGUGAACUAGAACCCCCAUACAGGCGUGAAGCAUUAGACAAUCUUCAAGCUGAGAAUAGCCGGGGUUUUCCCCCUUCUAUUGUACAUUCUGCUUGCUAGUCCAGAAAACAAAUCGUUCUCUCCGGAUAUACUACACACGCGAGAGGAAGAAACGCAAUCUUUUUUUGGAAACAGUUACCUGAAUAAAUGUCGCAACACCCUUUUGUGUUUGUGAGAAAAUUUCAAAAAAGCUUGUGCUUAAUG